UAUAAAUGACUCAAUACAUGAGAGAAAAAGAACUUCAGUCCUCCAUAGAAAAUGGAACCUCAAGUAAGCUCAACAAUGAAGAGAGCUCUUCUAGUCAUCAACUGUAUAAUUCUAGCUGUAGGAACCUGUGGUGGCCCUUUGGUCAUGCGCCUUUACUUCAUCAAAGGAGGCAAAAGAAUUUGGCUAUCAUGCUGGCUAGAAACUGCUGCUUGGCCAAUCAAUUUCAUCCCUUUAGCCAUCUCCUACCUCUACCGUUGCAAAAGCAAUAAUAACGAUGAUGACAAUAACAACAACAAUAAUAAUACCACCAAGCUCAUUCUGAUGACUCCCCGAAUUUUCAUAGCCACUAUUGGGAUCGGAAUCCUACAAGGAUUGGCGAACUACUUCUACGCGUAUGGCAUAGCCAAAUUACCUGUCUCCACUAGCGGACUUCUCUUUGCUACGCAACUUGCUUUCACCGCCUUCUUUGCUUUCAUUAUAGUAAAGCUGAAGUUCACUUCUUACUCCGUUAACUCGGUGUUUUUGUUAACGAUUGGUGCGGUGGUUUUGGCCCUACGCUCCGGUGGUGAUCAACCGGAGGGAGAGCCUAAGAAAGAGUAUAUAUUAGGGUUUAUCAUGACCCUGGCAUCUGCUGCUUUGACUGGGCUUAUUUUUCCUUUGGUGGAGUUGAUAUAUAAAAAGGCACAACAAGCUAUCACUUACACACUUGUAUUGGAGUUUCAGACUGUUUAUUGCUUUGUUGCUACUGUGCUUUCAACUGUUGGGAUGAUCAUAAACAACGACUUUCAGGCAAUUUCAAGGGAGGCGAAAGCAUUUGAACUUGGAGAAAGCAGAUAUUAUGUUGUGAUAGUAUGGAGUGCAAUAAUUUUGCAAUUCUACUUCUUAGGCGCCAUUGGAGUCAUCUAUUCUGCUUCUUCUUUGGUGUCCGGCAUUUUGCUAUCUGUUCUGCUUCCUGUCACCGAAGUUUUAGCUGUUUUUCUUUACGGUGAAAAAUUCAGUGCAGAAAAAGGGGUUUCUCUUGCCCUCUCUUUAUGGGGAUUUGCUUCAUACUUUUAUGGUGAUCAUAAAGACAACAAGAGGAGAGAAAAUAAUCAAUCCCCGGAAACAGAGAUGAGUGAUAAAACUUGUACGCCAUGAUUGAAAAGAAUGGUUUUCACAUGCCAAGAUUAUUAGUACAAGUUGUAAUA